AUGCACACCAGAUCCAAAGGACGAGACAACCUCCUAAGUACAAGCGAUCUUGACAAAGCAGAGCAAAACAAACGGUCACGCAGAGUUACUUCGCGAACCAGAACACGAGAGGUUCCGGACAUGGCAGCCCAACCCCAACAGGAAGGAUUCCCACCCGGACCGGAACAACAAGGUGGUCAGCGAAACAAUCCACCUCUGCGACCUCACCGUCAGAUAGGUGCCGGCGAUGCACCUAACACUCACGAAAACCGUCAAGGCAUAGCCCCGCCAAAUGUGCACAACAACUUCGAAAUCAAACCGCACAUUCUGCAUCAGGUCCAACAAAAGAUCUAUCACGGUCUACCUGAGGAAGACCCGUUGGACCAUCUUGACGAGUUUGACAGAGCAUGUGAUUUGAUCACACAGAAUGGGGUAAGCGAAGACGCAACCAAACUUCGUUUAUUCCCAUUCUCACUUGAUGGCAAAGCUCGCCAAUGGGAAAAGACGAUACCUCGAGGGUCCAUCACAAGCUGGGAUCAGUGCAAGAAAGCCUUCUUGGCUAAGUUCUUCUCCUCAGUCAGAACUGCAAGCUUCAGAACCAACAUCUCAAGCUUCGCACAAAAGCACGGCAAGAGUUUCACAGACGCUGGGAACGCUUCAAAGGAUACCAAUCGAAGUGCCCACACCACGGUUUCUCUCAAGAGUCACUCCUUAAGUACUCUAUACCGUGGUGUACUGCCUCGCUUUAGGCAGAUGCUUGACACAGCAAGCCAAGGCAACUUCUUGGCCAGAGAUGUUGAAGACGGUCUGUUCUUGGUGGAAAACAUACCAAAAUCCUACUUAUCAGUCAUCUUCACUCAAGAAGGACUUGUUGAAGAAGAGGAUCAAGAAAGGGUCAUUGAAGAUUUUUGUUUACUGCUGAAUGAUGAAGAGAUUGUUGCUGCUGAGGCUCCUGGAGUCCAGAUUGAUCAACCAGAAGUGCAUGCACCUACUGUGGCCAUUCACACUUCACCAGUUGAGCUCGCACGACAAGCUCGAUCGGCAGCUCGAUCGAGUCCAACUCUAGCUCGAUCGAGUCCGACCUCUUCUGUCCGAAGCCUUUUUGCUUGA